GCCAUCGCCGACCCCACGCUUCUGCCGCGCGUGCCCAAUCUAUUCGCGAAGUUUAGACAAUCCGACAGUGUCCCAGCAAGCUCCUUCCUACACGAACGAUGGCCCUCGCUCUCCCCGCUACUGUGGCCGCGGGCUUUCUCUGGGGCGCCUACGAGCACCGCAAUCGCGCCAUCGGCAAUCAAAAGCCUGUCUCGCAGCUUCCUUUAGGCCCUUCCUUCUUCCCCAUUAUCGGUAACCUGAUCGCGAUCCUACGCACUUGGGCCGCGUCGAACGAGGCGAUGCACGAUAUGAUCUUGGAACAGAUCAAGAAGGAUCCCAAGUCAGUCAAAUGUGUCCAAUUUUCGAUCCCUUUUCGGCCACUUAUGAUCCUCACCUGGGAUCCUCGCAACGUGGAACACAUCCUCAAAACAAAUUUCGACAAUUUCGUGAAAGGCGAGGAAUUCCGCCACAACAUGGGGGAUCUUUUAGGUGCUGGCAUCUUUGUCGUGGAUGGAGAGCCUUGGAAGAAGCAGCGCAAAAUGGCUUCACACAUCUUCAGCGUUCGGAAUUUUCGUGACUUCACUGCCAACGUGUUUGCCGACGAGUCUGUGAAGCUGGGUGCUCUCUUGGAAAACGCCGCACAGACCGGACAAACCAUAGACCUUCAAGAUGCCUUCUUCAGAUUCACUCUUGAUUCAUUCGUCAAGCUUGCCUUUGGUAUCAAUCUCGGAUCCCUCGAUUCCCCUCUCCCUGUCCCAUUCGCCGCCGCAUUUGACCGAGCCCAGACGUUCUGCGAUGAGCGAUUUAGGCUACCCGGCGCAGCCAUGAUCCACGCCCUAUCGGGCCGCGGAAAGCAGCAUGCGAAAGAUCUCGAUUUGAUACACGAAUUUGCGCGGUCCAUCAUCUCGCGUCGCCGUAAUGGAGGAUCGGACAGUCCCGAGCUCAGCCAAGGGAACGACCUCUUGGCUUUGUUGUUGAGGAUUACCCGCGAGGGCGGUGACGCCCUAUCGGACGACGAGCUUGCGGACAUGGUCUUGAACUUCAUAAUUGCUGGACGCGACACAACGGCCCAGGCUCUGUCAUGGACAUUCCUCCUGCUCACGAAAAACAAGCACAUCGAAGCGGAAGCUGUAUCGGAGAUGAAGAAGUUCUUUGGCGCCGAUCGGCUCGCCGACCCGAACUUCGAAACCACCUACGACGAAGUCAAAGACUGGACGUACGGAAAGGCCCUCUUCUACGAAACAUUGCGUUUCUAUCCAUCGGUGCCGAAGGAUGGCAAGUACGCUGUGAAGGAAGACGUCCUACCUGACGGGACCGUCGUUCCGGCUGGCGCCUUGGUCAUGUUCAGCAAUUGGGUGAUGGGGCGCUUAGAGGAGCUCCACGGGAGCGAUGCUGCCGACUUCAAGCCGACGCGGUGGAUUGAUCCCGACACUCAGGCAUUCAAGACUCCUAGUCAGUUCCAAUACCCGGUCUUCUUUGCUGGUCCUCGAGUCUGUCUCGGACAAACGAUGGCAACCAUAGAGGGCGUCUACGUGAUCAUUCAAGUCCUGCGGCGAUUCUCGAUUGAGGUGCAGCUUCCGGAGAAAGUGACCUACACUAAUAGUCUGACCUUGCCGAUGAGUGGCCCUCUCAGGGUGCACGUCAGCAGGAGAGAUCUUUGAACGUCCUCGGUUUCGUGCCACGUUUUUUUGUCAUUUUGUGGGACCCGCACGUUCAUAUGUACACAGUUCAUAUAAAUACUUUCAGUAACUAGACCUACUCUGAACUGAGCCGAUGAGUGAAACAAUGUGACGGAGUGACUAGAAGGGGCCAGCUGCCUUCCACGUCUGUCCCCGUAUUAACCUAUGUACAACAAAGACAUCUGCCAGUGUUUUCAUAAU